AUGACGGUGCAGCGUCUCCUCUUUCCAACGCCACCCGUUUCGGGCCAAACGGAGCCCGCUAGCAGGAGCUACAACAUUUUCAACACAGUCACUUCGGGAUUUUCGUUGGGGCUGCGCCCGCCACAACUGCUGGACUGUGUCUAUAUUUACGAAACCAUGGGGAAAUCUAACUUAAAUGAUGUAGAGCGCAAGGCUGUCAUCGACGAGCUUCUUCGGAUCAGCAAAAACGGCAAAUUGCCUCGUGGAGCAAACGCAAAGGUGGCCUCGGGUGUGGAGCGUGACCCGUCCACUAUCAGCACUAUCUGGAAGCGCUACGUUGCUGCGGUCGAGGCAGGAGUCGUAGGGGGUGAGUGGAAGAGCAGGAGGAAGCAACACUGCGGCAGGAAGCGCAAGAAUCGCGAUGAAUUGCGUGAAAAACUUGCCCGUGUUCCCAUGGAGGAUAGAGCUGUUGAACGACGUGCUGCCGCUGCUGCUGGCGCCUCCAGGCAUUUGGUGCGACAGGCGGUAAGGGAGGGAAUGCUCAAGCGUCGUGCGGUUUUGAUUAAGCCGGCGUUGACUCCAGAAAACAAGCUCCGACGCGUUGAGCAUGCUCUGUCGUUUAUCGACGACAGGACACUGGAAUUUGAGUCUAUGCACAAUGGCGAGGAGCCGCCUCCUAGGUUCUGGAAGAGCAAGCGGUUCAUCCCGAAGACGAUGUUCCUGGCUGCCUUGGCGCGGCCUCGGUACGACCCUCAUCGAAAGCAGCAAUGGGAUGACAAGCUUGGCGUUUGGUCCUUUACAGAGAAGUACGAAGCUCAACGUUCUAGCAAGAACAGAGCUAAAGGAGCCGUUUGCACCCGAAACAUUGACACAGUCGAUCGUGAGGUGUACAGGGAGUACUUGGUUACAAAAGUAUUUCCAGCUAUUAAGGCGCAGUGGCCACGAAAGGAUCGCCACAUGCUAAUUCUUGUUCAACAGGAUAAUGCGAAGCCUCACGUGGAGCCUUGGGACCUGGACGUUGUCAAAGCUGGCCAAGAGGGAGGCUGGAACAUCCGGAUGCUAUGCCAAGCACCCAAUUCGCCCGAUCUCAACACCCUCGAUCUGGUCGUUUUCAACUCCAUGCAGACCCUCCAGUACUACAUCCCCAGGAAAGGAAUUGAUGCCCUCAUCGCGUCCGUGAAUACUGCUUUCAGCCAGCUGAAAAGUGACACCGUGAACGACAUUUUUCUGACCCUUCAGGCGUGCAUGCUGGCGAGUCUACGUGAGGAGGGAGGCAACGUAUACAAGCUCCCGCAUUUAAAGAAGGCGAAACUUCGUAGAGCCAAGUGUCUUCCUACCAGUUUGAGGUGUAGCAGAGAACUGUACGAGUCUGUAGUAGCACUGCUAGCAGCGUCUGACCGAGGCAGUGCUCUGCUGUUCGGCAAGAAAUAG